UCACGUGUAGACCCCCCUCGCUUGCAGGGUGCGUGUGUUUGGUGAGCGACAAGACUGACAGGCAAAUAGCGACAUGAGCUGAGCUCUGCAGUGAUCCCCAGUGUGCGUUUAGGGGCUGUUCCCCAUCCCCAGUUAAGUAGGGCAGGUAGGCCCAGGUGCACGGAUCGUAGGCUUGUUAAAUUUCUAAACCGGCGCCUUUACGUGUUCUCUUUGGCUGCCCCGCCUCACGCUUGGGAGCCCUGACCUUAGACCUUAGUCCAUCCCCUGCUUUGCUGCACGGUGGGCUACCCACAUUUGCCAUCCUUGCCUGUCAGCUGCCCUUCUCUCCAGAUCCUCCCGUUUCAUGUUGAGGUGCUUGAUGUUGUUCAGAACUGUUCAUUUCCAUGUUAUUCGCCGUCUUCCUCUCGUUCUUCUUGCAUUUUCUGGCUUCCAUUCAAGGGCGAUCUUUGGUCUGCUUGUGGGAACCCUCGAUGUGGUUUUGGAUUCCAGUGCUAGAGUCGCCCCUUACCGGAUCCUGCACCAGACUCAGGACUCGCAAAUCUAUUGGGCAGUGGCAUGUGGCUCAUCUCGUAAGGAGAUCACAAAGCAUUGGGAAUGGCUAGAAAAUAACUUGCUGCAGACCCUCUCCAUCUUUGAUAAUGAGGACGACAUCACCACUUUCAUAAAGGGCAAGAUACAUGGCAUUAUUGCUGAAGAGAACAAGAAUCAGCAGCCCCUGGGUGAAGAGGAUCCAGGUAAAUUUAAGGAGGCUGAACUCAAGAUGCGAAAACAGUUUGGAAUGCCUGAGGUGGAGAAGCUAGUCAAUUACUAUUCUUGCAGCUACUGGAAAGGGCGUGUUCCAAGGCAGGGCUGGCUAUAUCUUACUGUCAAUCACCUCUGUUUCUACUCCUUCCUGCUGGGCAAAGAAGUGACCCUGAUAGUCCAGUGGGUGGACGUGACACAGCUGGAAAAAAACGCCACACUGCUGUUCCCUGAGUGCAUUAAAGUGAGUACCAGGGAUAGCGAGCUUUACUUCUCCAUGUUCCUCAACAUCAAUGAGACCUUCAAGCUGAUGGAACAGCUGGCCAAUAUCGCCAUGCGGCAGCUAUUGGACAACGAGGGCUUCCUGGAGGACAAGUCCCUUCCCAAGCCCAGCAAGCCUCUAAAGAACAUCUCUGCACUCAAAAGAGAUCUGGAUGCUCGAGCCAAAAAUGAUUGGUAUCGUGCCACCUUCCGGCUGCCCAAGGAUGAACGCCUGGAUGGACAUACAGACUGCACCUUGUGGACUCCAUUUAACAAGAUGCACAUACCUGGCCAGAUGUUUGUUUCCAACAAUUACAUCUGUUUUGCCAGCAAGGCAGAGGAGGCCUGUCAUCUCAUCAUUCCACUCAGGGAGGUGGCAGUCGUUGAGAAAGCAGACAGCUCCAGUGUCUUGCCCCGCCCUCUCUCCAUCAGCACCAAAAGUAAAAUGACCUUCCUCUUCGCCAACCUGAAGGACCGAGAUUUCCUGGUACAGAGAAUCUCUGACUUCUUGCAGAGAACACCAUCAAAGAAAUCGGAUGGCAGUGGCAGAAAGUGGAAGGGGAGCUUCAGUGACACUGGAUGUGAGGAGUUUCCAGAGGUCUCUUCCAGCAGUCCACCAGCAGUCAGCCCAACCUCCACUCUCAACAACCAGUUGGUCCCCAGCUUCUGUACAGGGGAGGUGCCAACGGCCUCCCAGGGGCUACUCAAACUCUUCAGGAGAAACUCCGAGGAGCUCUUGGGACCCAAAGGGGCAAAGGAGAAGAUGAAGGAAGAGUCAUGGAAUAUUCAUUUCUUCGAGUAUGGGCGAGGAAUGUGUAUGUAUCGCACAGCCAAGACCCGUGAAUUGGUACUAAAAGGGAUCCCAGAGAAUCUUCGUGGAGAGUUGUGGCUCUUGUUCUCAGGGGCCUGGAAUGAGAUGGUGACGCUUCCUGGGUACUAUGCAGAGCUGGUGGAAAAGUCAAUGGGGAAAUACAGCCUUGCCACAGAGGAAAUUGAGCGAGACCUGCACCGUUCCAUGCCAGAGCACCCUGCCUUUCAGAAUGAGUUGGGAAUCGCUGCCCUUCGGAGGGUCCUGACAGCUUACGCGUUCCGAAACCCCACAAUCGGGUACUGUCAGGCCAUGAACAUCGUGACGUCGGUACUGUUGCUGUACUGCAAUGAGGAAGAGGCUUUCUGGAUCCUAGUGGCCUUGUGUGAGCGGAUGCUGCCAGACUACUACAAUUCCAGGGUAGUGGGUGCAUUAGUGGACCAAGGCAUCUUUGAGGAGCUCACGCGAGACUACCUUCCACAGCUGUCAGAGAAGAUGCAGGAGUUGGGAGUGAUUUCCACCAUUUCUCUCUCCUGGUUCCUCACCCUCUUCCUUAGCGUCAUGCCCUUUGAGAGUGCUGUGGUCAUUGUUGACUGCUUCUUCUACGAGGGCAUCAAGCUUAUCUUGCAGGUGUCUCUGGCCAUCCUGGAUGCUAACAUGGAGAAGCUGCUAAACUGCUGUGAUGAAGGCGAAGCCAUGACUGUCCUGGGCAGGUACCUGGACAAUGUAGUUAAUCGGCAGAGUAUUUCUCCACCUAUCCCACACCUGCAUGCCUUACUCACAAGUGGAGAUGAGCCACCGCUUGAAGUUGACAUCUUUGAACUCAUCAAAACAUCCUAUGAGAAAUUCAGCAACUUGAGGGCAGAUGACAUUGAGCAGAUGCGCUUUAAGCAAAGAUUGAAGGUGAUCCAAUCCCUGGAGGACACAGCCAAGAGGAGUGUGGUCCGAGCUAUAUCUGGUGACAUUGGUUUUUCUAUGGAACAACUAGAAGAGCUUUAUGUGGUGUUCAAGGCAAAACACCUGACGAGCUGUUACUGGGGGAGCAGCCGCACUGCAGCUGCCCACCGAGAUCAGAGCUUGCCCUACCUGGAGCAGUAUCGCAUUGACCUGGAGCAGUUCAGAGAGCUGUUUGCCAGUCUAACCCUCUGGUCCUGUGGCCUCCACACACCUGUGCUGGCAGGGCGAAUGUUCCGGCUUCUAGAUGAGAACAGGGACUCUCUCAUUAACUUCAAGGAGUUUGUUACAGGAAUGAGUGGGAUGUAUCAUGGUGACCUGACUGAGAAGCUUAAACUACUUUACAAAUUGCACCUGCCUCCAGCUCUGAUCUCAGAAGAGGCUGAGUCUGCUCUGGAGGCCACAAGUUAUUUCACAGAGGAUAUCUCGACAGAAGAAGCAGCUACUCAGGAAGACAGAGGAGGGAGAAAUGGGGAUUCCAAAGAAAAAGAGGAGAAGGGUACCAGCCCCCAGGAUUACAGAUACUACCUGCGAAUGUGGGCCAAGGAAAAGUAUUCCAAGAAAGAAACCAUCAAGGAUCUCCCGAAAAUGAACCAGGAGCAGUUUAUAGAGUUAUGCAAGACCCUUUACAACAUGUUCAGUGAGGACCCAGUGGAACAAGAGCUGUACCAUGCCAUUGCCACUGUAGCCAGCCUCCUCCUACGAAUUGGGGAAGUUGGAAAAAAAUUCUCCAACCGACCCAUGAAGAAGACUGAUGACUGCAAAGCAAAUAAUACCGAUGCUGAAAGUGAAGAGGAGUCACCAACGUCUGAACACAGUCAAAAUUCAGCAGUGGAGCAGCAACCCCAAGCUGACCCUGAAGACAGAGCUUCUGGCGAUAUCCAGGCUGGAAAAACCCAUCAGGAAAAACAAAUUCAAGGAGAUGGGGAUGGUGGAGAAGGAUCAGGAUCUCCUAUACAGCUCCCGUCAGAUGAUGAAACCAAAGACGAUAUGUCCAUGUCUUCCUACUCCAUGGUUAGCACGGGUUCCCUGCAGUGUGAAGAUAUUGCAGAUGACACAGUCCUGGUUGGUUGUGAAGCUAGCAGUUCAGCUGCAAGGUAUGGCAGCACCAUUGACACUGACUGGUCUAUCUCCUUUGAGCAGAUCUUGGCUUCCAUGCUUACAGAGACAGCCCUGGUAAACUACUUUGAGAAGAAGGUUGACAUUGGCCUGAAGAUAAAAGAGCAGAAGAAAGUAGAGAGGCAGUUCAGCUCAUCCAGUGACUAUGAUCUCUCCUCCUCAGUGUCAGGCUGAACUCAAGGAAAGCAGUAAUGUCUCAGGUGAUAAAGGGUGAGGCUAUAGACAUUGGGCAGAUGGCAGGAGUUUUUUUACCCAGACCAAUAACAACACAACAACUACAGUAGAUUCUGCUGAAUAAGUGGCUUGUCACAGUGGCUGUUUAACAUAGACACCUCUCUGGAGACCCGGCUUGGUGGAAUUACAUUACAUUCUCAAGAGCAUGAAAGCUGUUAGAACCUGAUAGCCCCAUAGGCUUGCAAUUACCACUGUAAAUUAUGCAUGUCUGCCUCUGGUUAUCUUUUUUAAUGAAGUUUUAUUUCAAACACAGCCACUCCAUGCCCUGUCCUCAUUUGCUAUAGAUUCCUGGGUAGUUUUGUACAGAAGAUGCAGCCUAGCUUGAAACUCUGUACGUCUUUGGCUGUCACUCUGUGAUCUAAGCAGUAUGUCUAAGUGCUUUCAGUCCUUGGCCUAUAAAAUAGUCUUAUUAGGUUCUUAGAUACAGUACUGUAACUUGGCAAAUGUAUUGCAAUCAUAUCCCAUUGCUCCCAGCAUCCUGAGACUUUAAUGCAGUAGUUUCUCAGAUCUGGAGGCUUCUAUGGAUGUGAUUUGCCAUCCCAGUAGCGUGUGGUUUUUCAACAUUUUACAAGAAAGUGUCAUGUAAACACUUGUUUUCUAAGCCUCUGUUUUUAACUCUUUGACGCAAGGAAUUGGUGGUUUUGAAUUGUGUCUGAAGCCACAAGCUCCUUGACAUUGAUGCAUAAGAAGCAGUAGGACCCAAAAAGAUAUUGGGUCUGCCAAGUGGUUAAAUCGUGGAUGCAAGUCCUGAACUGGAAAUCAGCUUACUGGAGCCCAGCUGUUACAAGCUGUUGGUACACAGAUCUGUUUUUCUUACUCUUGUUGCUUCUGACAUUAGUUUGUUCACAGCCUUUCCGUCAGCACAGCCAUUAGCUUUUAAAAGAAAAAUAUCUUCUGUAAUUUAAUUUCCUGGCAAUAUUUUACUUCAUUUUAAUAUACUAAUGAUGGAUCUGAUUUUUAAAAAGAUCCAUAGUAAAUUUGUCAUAAACCAGUCGAAUAUCAAUGUGUGACCCGGGCUUACAGAGCCCAUGUCAAUCACUGAAUUAUCACAGAGCAAAUAUAUCACUUGGUAGAACCUUAACAGAUCAGUUUCUCACUGUGGACAGGGCCACAGCAGAUCUGAUUUGUAUGAGGCAGAAAACUUACAUGAGCACCUGGUGCCACUUGUGACUGUUCCCUGUAGCCUCUCUGAAGUACAGGGCUUUCCAGGAGCAUGUGCAUCUCCAGGCUGCCGGUACAACAGGAGUCCAAAGAGCUGUUUACACCUCAGUCCUGAGAAGUAAAGCAGAAGCGGGAUCAAAGUUGUGGUGCUCUCCUCUCAGCCAUCACUCUAAUACCUGAAAUCUGAACAGACUAGCUCACCUGCGAGUUUAAAAGCUUCUAUAGCUGGAGGGAGUGCAGCUACAGAUUACCCUCUGCAAAUUAACUGUGGACCAGAGGAAAGUAGACGCUCCAUUUGGGAACGGUAACUUCCCUGUGGGAGGGCCUCCCCUCCCAGGAAGCAUCAUCAUUUCUUUUCAUACAGACCUGUUCAUCUCAUUACAAAAGCAUCUGUGUUCCAGUGGCAUGUGCCUCACUGGCAGAGAGCAAGAAUGUUAGCAUGGGGCUGGUGCAGACCCAGUACUGAGGGUGAGCCACAUUGGUGCUUCUGGCUGGUGUUCAGAACAGACGGGAAUGACAAAGACUGGAGCCAGCUGAUAGAUGUUCCCAAGUAAGGUACCAUUUUAUGCGAUGUUCAGUGUUACUUCCUUUUGUGGUGUUCUCUCUGUAUUCACAGCCAAUGCAUAUUUCUUAAUUCUCUGCCUCCUCUGUCAUGUACCUCUGGAGAGCAACUCUAGUAAAAUUGCUUUUACUAAUUCUUCAGUAAUUUAUUGUAAUUUUUUUAAGUACAGGUAAUACAUGUGAUUUUACAUUGUCUGUGUCUGAUCUGUCAUGUGCUCAAUAAAUGAACCAGAAUCCACA